ACAAUGUGAUACAAAAGGGGAUGAUAAAAUUCCCUUUAUUAAGCUUUAACAACUUUGUUCCGAUGAGAAAGAAGUAAAAGGGAAUAGAGAUGAAAAAGGACUAAUCAAAAAUGGAUCGCGCUUUAAACCAGGUUUAUCCAAUAUUCGGGUCAGUUUAUGGAAGAAGGGGACAAUUUCAUCAAUGGAAGGGGGCAUUCGCGCUGUAGAUCGCGUCCGGCGACCUUCUUCCUUGCUUGGAACGCGCAUCGUUUUCAGUAACCGUGCAUCUUUCAGGCGCGUUAGCAUUGACAAUCCCUUUUUAUCUUUUAUCACCCUAAAAAAAGUGUAUAUGUGAGUGUAAAAACGCUACGCUGAACGACAAAAAUUCCAGAUCAAAUUGCAUUUGUGUUUAUUCUUAUUCGUGAAAGGCGGAUUUCGACGAUGCUACCCUUCGGCGUUACGAGAAUAAAGCCAGCUUUACGAAUCUCCGGGACGCGAUGUUGCCUAUUUCAACCCUGUGAAUCAUCACAUCAGAAGAUUGUCCUUCGGAGAGAUUUGUGCAACGGUACGAUCGCGCCCGAGUGUCCUCAUAUGUCGUCAUCCCAGACGACAAUCACGUCCUCGUCGAACGUCAAACCGUACGACGAAGUGCCAGGCCCGCGGCCGAUACCUAUUCUGGGCAACGCUUGGCGGCUGCUGCCGUUGAUCGGCCAGUAUCAGAUCUCGGAUGUCGCAAAGAUCUCGCAAAUGUUCUACGACGAAUACGGCAAAAUUGUACGGCUGAGCGGCCUGAUUGGUCGUCCCGAUUUGCUCUUUGUUUACGAUGCCGAUGAGAUCGAGAAGGUAUACCGGCAGGAAGGUCCGACGCCCUUCAGGCCCGCUAUGCCCUGUCUAGUGCACUAUAAGAGCGUCGUGCGCAAGGACUUUUUCGGCGAGCUGCCUGGCGUCGUUGGUGUACACGGCGAGCAAUGGAAGGAGUUUCGUACGCGCGUCCAAAAACCCGUUCUCCAACCGCAGACUAUUAAAAAAUAUAUAACACCAAUAGAAAUAGUUACAAAGGAUUUCAUAAGAAGAAUCGAGCAGAUUCAAGGAAACGAUGGCGAACUGCCGGGUGAUUUCGACAAUGAAAUACAUAAAUGGGCUCUCGAAUGUAUAGGUCGUGUGGCACUCGACGUCAGACUUGGAUGUUUGGGCGAGGCAUUGUCUCCGGAUUCUGAACCGCAAAAAAUAAUCGAUGCCGCCAAGUUCGCGCUGAGAAACGUGGCCACGCUCGAGCUUAAGGCUCCGUACUGGAGAUACGUUCCGACGCCCUUAUGGAGCCGUUACGUGCGCAAUAUGAAUUACUUCAUCGAGAUAUGCAUGAAGUAUAUCGACGCCGCGAUAGUCAGGCUUAAAAAUAAGAAAACCGUAGAUGAAAACGAUUUGUCGCUGGUAGAACGAAUUUUAGCUAAGGAGACGGACCCUAAGAUGGCUUACAUCUUCGCUCUCGAUCUGAUAUUAGUCGGCAUUGACACGAUAUCAAUGGCGGUGUGUUCAAUAUUAUAUCAAUUGGCGAUUAGACCGGAAGAGCAAGAGAAGAUAUACCAGGAAUUGCUGCAAAUACUGCCGGAUCCUUCCGUUUCUCUCACAACUAGCCAUCUGGAUCAAGCGAUUUAUAUGAAAGCUUUCAUUCGCGAGGUAUUUAGGGUGUACUCCACCGUUAUCGGAAAUGGCAGGACGUUGCAGAAAGACACUGUUAUUUGCGGUUACAAAAUUCCAAAAGGAAUUCAAGUUGUGUUUCCCACACUUGUCACCGGUAACAUGGAAGAUUACGUCACAGACUCGAAAACGUUCAAGCCUGCGAGAUGGUUCAAGGACGAUAACGAGAAAUUACAUCCGUUUGCGUCGUUGCCAUACGGUUACGGAGCACGAAUGUGCUUGGGCAGGCGAUUCGCGGAUCUCGAGAUGCAAAUUCUGCUAACAAAGCUCCUGAGAUCAUACAAAUUGGAGUAUCAUCAUGAGCCGCUAAAAUACAAGGUCACCUUCAUGUAUGCGCCCGAUGGAGAACUCAGAUUUAAAGUAAUAAAAAGAUAGCUUUUAUAUUCUAUAAAUCUCGCGACAUGAUAUUGUAAGAUAGAUUUAGAACAAAAACAAAAAUGCUAGAACAGAGAAAAUAUCUCGAAUUGAUAAUAUUGAGAAUAUUGAUAAAAAUCUAUAAAUACUAUACCUCAUAUUACAUUCAUAAAAUUCCAUUAUAUUAUACAUAUUACACUACAAUAAAAUACAAUGAUAUCCAUC